GGCGAGACAGCUCUCUCCACAGUUGGCUGGCAGAGGUUCAGCCGCGCACAAGAAGAGUCUCUUACAUAACUUUUGCUCCCUCUUUCGUGUGAGAGAGAUCCCGUCGUAACCAACUAUUUAGCCUUAUCUUAUAUUUGACAUUGAUUCCUGACAUCAUGCGCGCCAUGCGAUUAGUCUGGGUGCUGGUGCUCGUGGCCACGGCAGCCCAGGCACAAGGAAACCGAAGACGACAGGCACCAGCUCGUGGCCGCCCCCAAGCUCGACCCGCGACCCGCGCUGAUAACACCUGUUCCGGAGACGUCAGCUUUGAGCUCAUUACGGGCUUCGUUUACUCUUCCGCCGACGACAUCAUCGACUCGAAGAUCGGCACUCUGCUUCUCAGCGAGUGCAUGGAACACUGCCGUGCCAACGAACAGUGUCAGGCACUUAACUUCGAGACCGGACUCUGCGUUCUCUUCAAAACGGCUGCCGGCGAAAACUCAGCUGGACUAGCGGUUUCGCAGUUCCCUGUGUUUACUCUCUACGCCCAGAAGUUGUGUCUGCCCAAGGAGCGACCGCCGUGCAAAUCUCCGUGGGUGUAUGAGACUGUGCCCGGCCUAGCCGUCGCCCAGACUUUCACAGCUGACUCUCGCUCCGCCGCAUCACGAGCCGAGUGCGCGCUCAUGUGCAUACUCGAAGACAAGUUCCAAUGCAGAGCCGGGUCCUACAACGCCGCCUCCGGCACCUGCACUCUGGCCCAAGUCGACCGCAACAUGGCCGGCCGCAGUCGCCUUUUGGACGUCGACGAGAAAUCCGACUACCUGGAGGUGUCCUGCGUGCCCAAGCCGCAAAAGAUGUGCGACUUCCAAAGUGUCAAAGGCCGCAUCCUCAAGACAGUGGAUGCCGUAUUCCAAGACGUGGAAUCAACUGAGGAAUGUCAAGCGAGAUGCAAAGGGGCUGACUUCACUUGCUACUCGUACGACUUCAUGUCUGCCAGCGAAAAGAUCUGCCGUCUCUCUCAUCAUUCCGGUGCCACGCUGGCGCACAUUCAGGAGCCUUACCUUGAGAUCGGCAACGCCACCACGUACGAGAUGCAGUCCUGCUAUCAGGUCACGGUGGAGUGCCGUGGCGCCGAGAUGCUGGCCAGGAUCUCCACUUCGACCUUGUUCACGGGAAAGGUAUACGCGAAGGACCGACCCAACAGCUGCGUUAUGGAUGUCAAGAACUCUACCGAAUUCGAGAUUGUUCUUCCUUACAACGACAUCAACUGUGAUGUAGUACAAGAGGGACCCGGUGCCUUCUCUACUAAUAUUGUUAUUCAGCAUCACGACAUGAUCGUCACUUCCGCGGACGUCGGCCUCGCACUUCACUGUAAGUAUGACCUCAAGAACCAAACUGUGACGAACUCGCUCAUCUCUGGCUUAGAGGUCAAGGGAGCUCUUGACACAGCCGAGUACUUCGAGGAGACGAUCGUUGAGUCCCCCAAUGUUGUUAUGAGAGUCACCACACCGAGAGGAGACGACAUUUUCUCAGCUCAGGUUGGAGACAGCAUGGCUCUUCGAUUCGAGAUCACCGACGAGCAGAGUCCGUACGAGAUUUUCGUGAGGGAUUUGAUCGCCAUGGACGGCCAGGACAGCUCGGAAAUCCUUCUCAUCGACGAAAGGGGCUGCCCCACAGACCCUACAAUCAUGUCCUCAGUCGUGCAGAUGGGUAGCGGUUCUGUCCUCCACGCACCCUUCCAAGCAUUCAAAUUUCCCGCAUCAGACAUCGUCCAGUUUCGGGCUCUAGUGACUCCGUGCCUUCCUCGUUGCGAACCUGUGCAGUGCAGUGUGCAAGGUUUCGACGGAGUGUCCCGCAAGGAGCUGUCGUAUGGAAGGAAGAAGAGAGAGGUUCACGAAACUGACAUUAUGGUAGUCCAAUCCGUCCGUAUCAAAGACAAGUUCCAAUUCUCGGGGACACGCCAAGAAGAAGUUGAGGUAGACCUCGCCCAAGAAACGUGUUCCUCUUUCACCGGUGUGGUAGUCGCCUGUGCCCUCUUCCUCGCGGCCCAAGUGGUGCUCCUAAUGGCGUGGAGCUACUUGUGGCACAAGAAAAGAGCCACCAAGCAAAUCGACCCAAAUCCACCGCCUUCGUUGUACUUCGGCACGACUUCCUCUCGCACUUCUUCUACUUCGUAUCUGACAGAUUAAGCAUCGAAGUGACACCAAUCUUCAGUUAACACUUUUCUCCAUUAUACACACACACGCGCG